GCCUGCUCUGUGACGUCACGUUUUGCCGCUAAACUCGAGCUGGUAGUGAAGGCGCAGUCGGUGGUGUUGAUGCUACUCGCUAGUUUUUUGGCGGUUCUUUGUGUUUCGUGACGACAUUUUGUUAUAUUUUAUGGCAUAAAUUGUUGAAAUGACGAGAUGAACUGGUGAGAUGGACGUUUUACGAGUCUGUGUGAUGGUUGUUUUUUGUUAAAGGAACGUCAUCGUUGUAUAAGUAACGGUCAUUUUCUUUUCCGAGCCGUUAGCUAGCUGAGAUUUUCUGCGCGCGCGCACAGCCUCUUAAUAUUUAAUAAAAGAGAGGUGUUAAAAUGGGGAUUCAGGGGCUGCUGCAGUUCCUAAAGGAGGCUUCAGAACCGGUUCAUGUGCAGAAAUACCGCGGACUCACUGUGGCUGUAGACACCUACUGCUGGCUGCACAAAGGAGCUUUCUCCUGCGCCGAGAGACUGGCUAAAGGAGAACCCACUGACCAGUACGUGUCGUUCUGUAUGAAGUUCGUGGACAUGCUCCUGUCCCACGGCGUUAAACCGGUGCUGGUGUUCGACGGACGAAACCUUCCAUCAAAACAGGAAGUGGAGAAAGCUCGGCGAGAGCGUCGUCAGGCCAAUCUGCAGAAAGGUAAGCAGCUGCUGCGAGAGGGGAAAGUUGCCGAGGCUCGAGAAUGUUUCACCCGCUGUGUUAACGUCACACCUGCCAUGGCACACCAAGUCAUCAAGGCUGCGAGAGGGCGUGGUGUGGACUGUCUGGUGGCCCCGUAUGAAGCCGAUGCUCAGUUGGCGUUCCUGAAUAAAUCGGGAAUCGCUCAGGCCGUCAUCACAGAGGACUCGGACCUGCUGGCAUUCGGCUGUAAGAAGGUGAUAUUGAAGAUGGAUAAGCAGGGGAACGGUCUGGAGAUAUCUCAGGAUCACCUGGGCCGCUGCCGCUCGCUGGGAGACGUCUUCACUGAGGAGAAGUUCCGCUACAUGUGCAUCCUGUCGGGGUGUGAUUACCUUCCAUCCAUCUACGGCAUCGGCCUGGGGAAAGCCUGCAAGCUGCUCAGGAUGGCCAACAAUCCCGAUAUCCUCACGGUGAUCAGGAAGAUCGGUCAUUACCUGAAGAUGAACAUCACCGUACCUGACGAGUACAUCGACGGCUUUGUGAAGGCCAACAACACGUUCCUCUAUCAGCUCGUCUUCGACCCCAUCAACAGAAAAGUAGUGCCUCUUAACCCUUACCCAGAAAACCUUGAGCUCAGCACGCUCAGCUACGCCGGAGUGAACGUCGGUGAUAAGCAAGGGCUGCAGAUGGCUCUGGGCAACCUGGACAUUAACACCAUGGAGAAGAUCGACGAUUUUAAUCCUGAUGCUCCUGUAACACGACCUGUUAAAGCCCCUCGCAGUCGAGGCUGGGGCGACCCUGCACCGGUCACCGCCUCGCCUCGAGUCAGCAUCUGGAGCAGAGGUUAUGUACCCAGCAGCGUUCAACCCCAGACUCCAUCGUCCCCUCAGAGACCUCCUCAAACCCGAGGCAAGGAGGGAGUCAUGUCCCUGCGUGGUCUCAAACUGCCCAACAGAGAACCACAGGUCAAGAGACCCCGAGACUCCGCUGUCUCAGACGAGGACGUGCUGGAACAGUACUUAUCUGGUACGAAGAAACAGCGCAUAGUAACCGUGGAAACAAAGCACAUCGUUCCCAAGGAGACGAAACCUUCCCAAAGAGAGCCUCCUCGACCCCGGAACCGAUUUGCCAAACUGCUGCAGUGGAGGAACCAGUCAGAGGAGGGCGAUGGAGAACAGGGAACACGCAGCAGGUUUUUCGCGAGCUCUGAUCUGAGCGUAUCUGAAUCGAAUGAGUCAAAGGAAGAAUCUGAUGACUUUGAGAAAUCAGACCACGCCCCGUCGCUAGCUGUAGAAACGCUCGGUGCAGAGACGGAGACACCGCCACGGCGCGCCAGCCUGAGCGCCUUCAGCUGGUCCGGCAGCUCCAGCUCCACAGAACUCUCCAGACCCGGAUCCGCAACGUCGGACCGAACCAGAACUCCCAGCAUGCCCUCGGGCCUCUCUGUCCUGCAGCAGUUCCAGAGAAAGAAGGAGAAUCUCAGCUGGGGACAGACUGAAUCUCCUCAGCGCUCUACACCCUGCUCUCCUACAGAGGGCGCUGUUGAUACUGAAACGCCUCCUGAUUCUCCUCCGUCUCAGGACAGUGCGUAUUUCUCUCAGCCCAACAGCAGCCACUCCGCCGCGGAGGACUCGACCACCGGCACUCAGAGCGUAACCACCUCGCCCGAAACGGAGAAGGACACGUGGAGGGAUUCGGGAUGUUCGGUGAGUCUCGGUGAGGUGUCUGUGACGGAGGAGGUCAGAUCUACACCCACGAGGACGAAGGUGUCCGGUUUGUCCCGAAUCAGUCCCAGCGAGCAGGAGAAGGGCAGUAAGAUCCGGCCCUGUGCUCCGGCCAGGGCGAGUGGAUUGAGGAAGAAGGCUCCGGGGAAGAAAAUGGCCGUCACGAACGAGAACAGCCCGGGACUGCAGGCCACCAUCAGCGGCCUGUGGAAAAACUUCAGCUUUAAUAGGGAGAACCCAAAGUUAAACCCCUGUAAGAAAGGUAAGCCCAUGUCUCCGGUGAAGGACAACGUGCAGUAAUGAAACAGCGCCACCUCAGGACGAGUGUGUACACUGGUGUAAUAAAGCUGUAGGGCGAUAGAACGAGCAUCACUUGGAGCACUCGCUCUCUUUCUCUCUCUCUCUCUCUCUCUCUCUCUCUCUCUCUCUCUCCCUCCAUUAGCAUGUUUUUGAAGCUAGAGAACUUUGCUCCAUGCGGUGAUUACACGUCUUAAACAUACUAUGUAUGUUCAUUACUUUUUCUUUUUUUUUAGUUUAAUAAUGAAAUAAAAUAUCUAUAAAUUU